AUGGCAUAUAAAAAUCUUACAUUCGAUACCCAAUGGAUUUGGCAAACAAAUUUGAAUUCAUUUUCUCCAUCUGAACAAAAAGAACGGAGUCAUUAUUCCAAACGAUUCUCUGAAAUAAUUGAAAAACCGAAUGAAAACAAAGAACAUUAUUUACCUUUCUCGGAUCAGACUGCAGAUUUAAGAGAAGGUAUACAGAAUAACAAGAAUGAUUCAUCAAAAACAAGAUCUGGAAAACAAGAUGAGAUUAAGAAAGAGUCAUCACUUCAAUUGAAAGAAAAACUCGGUGAAGGAGGAUUUGGUAUCGUUUAUAAAGCUAUUUAUCAUGGAUCGGAAAUAGCUUGUAAAGUGGUUGAUUCCCGAUUAUCAAAAAGAACGACAAAAGAAAUAAAUAUUCUUCAAAAACUUCAUCAUUCAAAUAUUGUUCAAUAUAUUGAUGUGAUUUAUACAUCAAAACAAACCUUUAUUAUUAUGGAAUAUAUUAACGGAGGUACUUUGUACGAUUAUAUUAGAAACACAGCAUAUUCAAAUCAGUAUUGGACAAAUACUCAUACAAUGAUGAUCAACAUUGCCUAUGCAAUGAAUUAUUUACAUGAAAAAAAUAUUGUUCAUGCUGAUUUAAAAUCUGAUAAUAUUCUAUUAAGAUCCAAUAAUAUUGCAGUUCUUUCUGAUUUUGGUCUUUCAAAGAUUAUUAAAGAUACACAAAUACUAUCAUCUACUUAUGGAAAUACAGGUGCGUUAAGAUGGCUUUCACCUGAACUUUGUGCUCACAAUCGAGAGCGACCUUCAUAUUUAUCCGAUGUUUGGGCUUAUGGAUGUGUUUUAUUGGAAAUAAUAACAAAGAAAGUACCUUGGGAAGCUAUCUUUGAAAACAGUUAUGAUCUUAUCGACGCUCUUGCUCAUGCGAAAAAUGUCAAAAUAUUUGAAAAGUUCUUCUUUAAUCUUAAAGCACCAGAUCAUUUUCAUAAAAUGCUUCGUUCUUGUUGUGCUUGGUCAAAAUAUGAUCGACCGAAUUUCGUAAAAAUCAUCCGAGAUUUUCAAGAAUCCACAAAUACGACUAAUAUUAUUCCCAUUCAAACCAAUAUAACUUUGCAUAAACCUCGAGUUUCAAAUGUUCAACAACAUCCAUCUUCACGAAAAAAUCAUUAUCAACAACAAAAAUAUUCUUUAAAUAAAACUUUAUACAAAUUAGAAGAAGAUGCUACGCGUUAUCCAAGGUGCACCAGAAAGACAUCACAUUGUAUAGCUUCACGAAACAUGUCCGAUGACGACGACGACGACGAUAAUGAUGAUGAUGAUGAUGACGAGGAUCUUUUUUAA